AGGGACCCCUUGAACCAGGAAAAAUAGUUGUUCAUCCAUCUCUGAAGCGCGUUGGGAGUAGAAACUUUGAAUAAGAUGUCCGACGACGAGAUAUCGGAUGCGUCUUCCUCUAGCUCGUCAGUGUCGAUGCCGACAGGGCCAAUCGUCACGAUCGCCGCCGGGCGAUCAAGACGCGCGAAUGCUGGUAGGAACAUGGCUUCCCUACUGGAGCAGGCGGCCAAAGAUCCAACUUUCUUUGCCCAGGUUGACGAUAUGAACGAAGACGACGUUGAUCCAGAUUUUGCCGGCAAUUUCAAACCACACGAGGAAGAAGAUAUUUUUGAUUCGGAUUUUGGGGACUCGAGUAACGAAUAUGAUUCUGAGGAAGAAGUCGCCGCCCGUGGUGAGGGGUCCGACGACGAAAAAGUUGGAAAGAAGCGGACUCAAAAGCGGAAGGCUGCUGAUGUUUUUCAAACGUCCAUAAAAAAAUAUCAACCCGUUGUUGCUGAUGUAGAACGAGAAAAACCCGCAGUUAAACCCAAGUCACCGAGACGAGCUCCUCGCCAUCUGUCCUUCAGCCCUCAAAGAGUUAGAUCAAAGCGGAACACAACUGCUGCGAGAUCCGCUGAAAUUCUCGAGCGUGUGAAAGAGCGCGAAGCUCGACGUAAAAAAAGAAAAGCCAAACACGAUGCAGCCAUGUUGGAAGGUGCUGAAGAAGAGGAAGAACCAACGCAAGAAGAACGCCUUCGGAUUGCCGCGGAGACGGAGUUGUUGAACAAGCAGAAGUCAAAUCGAUUUCGAAAUAGAGAGCUGAAACGGAGGAUGUAUGCUCGAAUGAAAGCGAGCCAAUAUUCAUCGAUCAGAUUCCGUAGUUAUCGUGUGCCGGUUAGAAAUUCAAAUGACUACGAAGCACCUACUCAAGAUCUGAAUGGGGUCGAUGUAGAAGAAACUCACAAAAUCUUGAUCAAAGGUCCACACAUGUCGAAGGAUGGUUCACCAGAGUUCAGAAACCAGAAGUUGCGUCCAAAAACUCCUGAUUUAGAAGGGAAGGAAAAACCACAAACAAUUCUGCUGGAAGAUUCUGAUACCGCUAUAAGCUCUCUCGUGGAGGUGGAGAAACUUCGAAAUUCUAGUUCAGACGCAGCUGUUCCGAUUCCAAGUACCUCUAGAGAACAGCCAGAGAGUAAUGCGGGUAUUCUCAAAAACUCCAGCAGAGAGACAAUAGAGUUGCCUAAUGGGAGUUCAGGUGAAAAUGAGGAUUACCCACAAGAAAGUUCGGAAUCUGAAGUACGAGACAAAAUGUCGAGAAACACUGCUGAAGGCGACGAUCAUGUGAUUCAAGAUCGUUCGAAUGCCGAAGGACGGCUGCAGGAAACUGGUGGUUUUUUUCGUGAUUCACUCGCGCCAAGUGGGAAAACUGUCGAGGAGACGGCUCAGAACCCUAAUGUUCCUGUACAUUCUCCAAGGAAUAUCGUGAACAUUAGUGUAGAUGAUGAGGAAUGGUACGAGCAAGAGCCCGCCCUUGACGGCGACGAAGAAAACUCGGAGAACGUGUGGGUGCCCAAGGAAACCUGGGAUGAAACCUAUAAGGAUAGAUUCGUAGAAAUCCCUUUUGUCACUGUGCCGGAUGAGGAAAUGCUGCAAACAGUGUUCAAGGAUCCAGAACAAGCUCUCAGACGUCUUCAGAGGAAAGCUAAAAGAACAAUAUGCCCGAUAACGAAGAUGCCAGCACGCUAUAUUGAUCCACUGACGAAGGUUCCAUAUCAUGAUGCCAAAGCUUUCCGAAUCAUUAGAGAUGUCUACGAUAUAGCUCAGAGGAACCUUGCGAUUGCGAAGCAAAAGAAAGUGCCUGCUCAACAUCAGUCCUCUUAUCGCCACAAAGAAAGAAAUUUGGAAGAUGCUGGUGAACAAGACGAAAGCAGUGAUUAUGACGAUGAUGAUCGCUCGAUUUCAGAGUCCAGUGAUUUGCCCGUUGAAGAUCGUAAUGGCAAUCAUGGGGAAGACGAUGAAAAUUCAGAUGCUUCCAUGAUAAAUGGUGUUGAUUCGGAGAGCGAUAUCGGGAAUUAUGCGGAUUAUGUCAAAGGAGACUCUGGUAGCAUUCUGGACUCCGGAGACUGA